AUGGCCCGAUGUUUCUUCCUUAGGAAGACCGCCUCUGAAGUUGAGAAUCGCAUCUCCAAUUUGGCCAUUCACAACCGUUCUUCUCGGCGGCUUUCUUUCGAUGAACGGAAAUUACUCGGACUCGGAAUCAAAUUCAUUCCUCGUCCUCCUCCUAUGUCCGUUCCUGAUCUACACAAGGAAUUCAGAGCAUUUGCCAGGCUUUUACGUCUUCGUGCCUUUUUUGGGCCUGAUAAUCAGCCUUCCAGCUUUUCUCCUCUUGCCUCUGGAGUUUUUCCUCAUCGUUUCCGCCAGAAGAACCCCUUUUGGCACCCUGAUGAGCCUAACUUUCAGCUUGAGGAGAUUAUCCGCUCUGCAGAAUCUAUUUUUCAGACUCGCGUGGCUUCUUGUUCCUUCUCCAGGCGUCCUCCCCUUCCUGUUAGACUUCUCAAAAGUCUUAAAGAUCUGAGGAAUGAUCCUUCUAUUGUUAUCAAACCUGCAGACAAGAAUUUGGGGUUAGUUGUUCUGGAUACUUCUUGGUACAAAUGCGAAGGUCUCCGCCAGCUUUCUGAUCCUCUUGUGUAUCUUCGAGUUGAUUGUGUUCCUUGGAAACUUAUUUGGAGCAGACUUACUUUCAUCAUUGAGAAGAAUAUUUCCUUCUUGAAACCUGUUUCCAGUUUCCUUUUGAAGAAUCCUGCUUCUUCUGCCAGAGCUUGUGCAUUCUACCUACUUCCUAAGCUUCAUAAGCCCGUUCUUGUCGGUAGACCCAUUUGCAGCUACACAGGCUACAUGUUGGAACCCGCCUCGAAGUUUCUUCAUCUUCUUUUGUUUCCGAUCCUUUUGCAACAGCAGUCUCAUCUUCCCGACUCUCUCUCUCUUCUUCGUGAUCUAGAUCGCAAACCAUUUCCUCCUGGUUGCAUCUUAUUCACUUUUGAUGUUGAAUCUUUAUAUCCGAGCAUUCCUACCACUGAUGGUCUCAUUGCUCUUCGAGAGAUGGUCACUGAAUACUUUCAGGUUCAGAAUUUUAAUUUGGGACUGGUUGACUUGAUUAUGGAGCUUGCUGAACUUGUUCUUCGUGAACAUUAUAUUGAGUUUGAUGGUAUCUUCUACAAACAACUCAGGGGCACUGCCAUGGGUAGCAACUUCGCUGUAGUCUAUGCCUGCCUUUUCCUUUGCCAUUUGGAAAAGCGCCUCUUUUCUCAGUAUGAUUGCUCCAGUCUCGCCUUCUUCAAGAGGUUCAUUGAUGAUGCUUUGGGAGUUUGGACAGGUGAUGAAUCCUCCUUGCUUGAUUUCUUCUCUCAGUACCAGAGUUUCUACCCAGAGAUCAAGAUCACUCCUUCAGUAUCCUCCUCUUCUGUGGAUCUCCUCGACAUUACCUUCUUCAAAGGAGUCCGUUUCAGUGCCUGCGGUGUUCUUGACACCAAAUGCUACCAGAAACCUCUUAAUGCCUACCAGUACAUCCCGUACUAUUCUUGGCAUCCUCCUCAUCAAAAGAAAUCCUUCAUUUUGAGUGAGCUUAAGAGAUACCUCCUCAGAGAAUCAGAUCCCUUCAGCUUCAUGAGGCUUCGGAAACAGUUUUAUUCCAGAUUGCGUGCUCGUGGAUACCCGAAGAAGUUUCUUCUCUCCUGCUUCAGAUUG